AUGGGUGUGCAUUCAAGUUUGUCAACACCUUCGAGUAUCUUAGGCACGUGCGUACUAACCAAGGACAUGAUUGAUGAUGAGGGCAUCAGGAGGCAGACCAGACACAGCAUGGUGGAUAACUCCAUCAUCACCUCCGUCAGGAACACCUGCAUGUGCACAUGUGGGGCGUCAAUUCACUGGGAGUGGCUGAGGACCUGUGAUAAGGUCCACAGUGCAGACAACGUGUGCUGCCACUCUGAGCCAGCAUGUGUCACUCACCGCGCCUCGGUAAGGGAUUGUAUUGGUGAAGUGUUGGACAAACAGGAAAACAUACACGUGUGGGAAGCAUCCUGGAGGUGUCAGCUUGUGUGGGGGACGCCAGGAGUGGCGGGAAAGUGUCGGCGUGAGGCGGGAGAGUGGCGCCAGGUAGUGACUGAGGCUAAGAUGGGGGGAAUCAAGAGAGAAUGGCUGGUGUUGGGGAAAGUGCUAGUGUCUUUGAGUCUUGGUGUCCUAGCACAGGAUAUGAUGUCUGUUGGAUGCUACAAAGAAGACACAGAAGGACUGGAUUUUACUUACCACUCUAAAAAUGCUUCCAGUGGGACGAGUGUAACUGCUUGUGUGGCUGAAUGCAAGUCAGCCUACAAGACUUAUGCUGCAUUGUUGAAUGGUACUCACUGUCUGUGUGGAAAUAUUCUGAGCAUUAGUGGCUCAGAUGGUUGUGAUCUGCACUGCUCUGCUGAAAGUUCUCACCUCUGUGGUGGUGAGGGAGCCAUGAGUGUGUAUGAGGCUGGACAUGACAUUCUUAGCCCUCCCCGUUCCUUGACUCAAGUAGACAGUGACCCAUCCACCUUGCACAUUACAUGGCAGGCACCAGCCAAGGGACUUUCUGAAAUAUUGGAAUACUUUGUGACAAUAGAACCUCUCUUCUCCUACAGUGAUAGAGAUUCACUUGUUACAAGAAGUUGGACAUAUUCAGCUCAUACCCAUUCAGCUUCUCUCAGAAAUGUCCAUCCAGGUACCAAGUAUAGAGUGGAGGUCAGAGCUGCCUCACCUGAGGGGAAGGGAUAUCCCAUAUCCAGGGAAAUGUGGACCAAGGUUGGCAAGCCAGAAACCCCUGCCACCCCUCAGGUCAUCAGCCGCACAGCAACCACCAUGACGGUGCAGCUGGAGCCAGUCAUUGCCACCAAUGGCCCCAUCACAGCAUACCAGGUUGUGGUCAAAGAUGAGACGGUGAGUGCUGAGCUGCAGCCAGAGUUGCUGGGUGACUUCUCCACAGCAAACUCCAAGAAACUUCCAUUCUACAUUGCUGCUCAGUUGCCGAAAGAAAAUUUUGAGACCAUAUUUGAAGUGGGUGAUGGCAAGCACUAUGGCAGAUACUACAAUGCUCCCCUGCGAGAAGGAGUCGACUAUCACGUCAUUCUGGGCGUCGUGAGCACGCUGAAUGAGACCAAGACAGCGUACUCCACUCAUGGACACGAGCAGCAUGAGAACUCGGUGGUUCAUGACUUCUCUGGGUUAAAGAAAUCUCCAGCAAUCAUCCAGCUGGAGCAGAAUAAGAAGGUUAUAAUGGGUCUGUCCAUUGCCAUUGGCAUAUUUGGUUUCCUUCUCAUUGCCUCCAUUGUCGUUUACAUUGCCAUGAGAAUAAUUGUCAACAAGAAUCGCAGGUCAUCAGAGAAUCAGGAGCUGGCCAUACAUGCCCAGCAGCCCAACCAGGACCUGGACAAUGGGUACAGUGUGGCAGCUCACUACGUGGAGGAGGAGAAGCCGCCGGCUGACCACUACCGCCAGCUGAAGGAGAAAGUGUGGAUCAUUCCUCACCAGGGACUCAAUGUUGUCGGUGACAUUGGUGCUGGCAAGUUUGGGGAUGUGAGGAAGGGUGUGGUAAUCAACAAAGGGAACCAGAGGAAUGUGCUAGUACAGAGAAUAGAAGAUGACAGUUUAGGUGGAAACCGUAAGACACUCAUGCUUCGGGAGUUUGAUGCCCAUGUGCGCAUUGGCAGCCACCCUCACGUGGUGGGUCUGGUGGGCCUGAUGGAGGAGUUCAGUGUUAUCUCGGUGGCCUUUGAGUACGAGACGUCCACCCUGAAGACACAGCUGGUGGAGAGCCGUGCUGUUCAGCAUUAUCCAGUUUAUGCUGAGAAGAAUCGCAGGUUUUCCACACUGCUGGAGACUCAGGAACUGCUGGAGAAGAGUCCUGUCUCAGCAUCACAGGUACCAGCACCACACCGACAAGCAAUAGAGCUCUUGGUUGGCAUAGCUCAGGGCAUGGCUCAUCUUGCUGCCCUUGGGGCCACGCAUGGCCAGCUCUGUGCUCGCAAUGUGGUGAUGGUGGAUGGCACCCGCCCAAAAAUUACUGGUUUUGGCCUCAUCCAUUACCACAAUGACCUGUAUGUGCCAGACUACCGGCGAUGGCACUCUGUGGAGACGCUGCACAGCAAGGUGUCCACGCCCAAGAGUGACAUGUGGUCCUUUGGCUGCCUCAUGUGGGAGGUGACCACUCUGGGAGGAACGCCUUACUCAGAUGUACGCACAGAGGAGGUUGGUGGUCGGGUGAUGCGGGGCCUGCGCCUGCCCCAGCCCCAGUAUGUGGGUGAUGAGUUGUACCAGCUGAUGCUCAACUGUUGGCAGCAUGACUUGGAUGAGCGGCCAUCAUUCCCUGAGGUGGAGGCAAGCCUGCGUCAGUUGGCAGAGGAUGACAUCACUCCUCACCUCUUGUUUUCACUGUACCCAUCAUUCCAGUAUGAACCGUAUUCUCCUCAUUUGGAAUUCAUGGACUGAGCUGAGUAUCAGUGUUUGGAUUUUGUAGCAAUUUGGUGAUUGUACCACUGUAUGUGUCCAGCCAUUGGUGUUUGUGUGUGCAUGUGUGUGCAAACAUUCAUGAAAUCUUGUAUGCAAGGAAGAAAUUUGUCAAACACAAAGCAUAGAAGAGAUUUAUCAUGUGCCAAGAGACAAUUGAAUGCACAAAAAAAGCUUUAUGUAUUAGCAGAAUUCUGCAACUCAAUCAAAAUGUUUCACAACCUCUUGAGUGUGUUUAUUUUAUUUUGUCUUAUGGCACAAUUUGGGUAUUGUUUUUGUGAAUUUGUGUGAAUGUUGAUGCAUUUUUGUGAUAAGAGCAGUUAAUACUUUGUAAAACUUUGUGUUUACACAAAUUCAUUUAUUCAUUCAUAUUAAAUUUGAGUAGCAGACAUGGUUGUUGCAUCAUGUCACUUUGGUCACUAUAACAGCCCACACCCAUAGAUCACAGUGCUGUGGCCUUCACUCUUAAAACAGUCCUUGGCCAGAACACUCUGGCUUCUUGAACUGGUUAAUAAGUAUACUAGAUUGUUAGUAUGUGAGGUGAGAGAGCAAGGUAUGAGGUAGGAGUGAGGCAAGGUACUGAGGUGAAGGACAGCGAGCAAGGUGUUAGGAGCUGGUGUGGUGACUCAGGUAACACAGGGGUGGGGUUACUGUAUCAUUUGGGUGAGUCUGGAUCUUGUAUCUUCUUGGACAGCACAGGCUUGGCCCUGUGUGUGUUAAGCUGCAAGGUUUUUAUAAUUAAUCAAUUAUUUUAAAGGAAAUUAUUUAUUAUUUUUUAUAUUUUCUCUUGGUUAUAUACGUGAGGUUGUAAUGUAGAAGCCAGGCUACUUAAUCCUUGCUACCAGUUUGUGAUAUGAUGAUCACCGUCUAUAUAGAAUAGGUUUAUUCAAGUAAUCUAAAGGAUUCUGUAUUAUGACAUAAUGAUUUGAAGGCACAUAUUAAUCAAAUCAAAUUUUGGUGGUGUCAUGUUUUCAUGUAAUAAGUAUUCAAGUACCAGGAUAUAAGCUUUUCCCUUUAAACUUAUUAGUAAACACAUUUAUUUCUCCUCAAGGCUUCCUUGGUACCACAUUAUAAAUACUUUGUUCAUAUGUGAUGCCUAUCAGCCUUAUGGGUUUUAUACUCAGAAGCAACUAGUCCAAAGAUUGGGCAUCACUGUUGAUGUUGACUGACAACUUUACAGCUGCAGAAUGUUUAAGAAAAAGAAUGUCUCACUACAUUGUUGAAAGCAUGCACCACAAACUGUUGUGAGUGCAGAUGAUGUUGCUGGAGACAACCUAACAAAUUUGCUAUGUGUUUUAUGUGGAAGGACAGGUUAAGAAAAGAAAGAAUACACAAGUAGUCAUGUUACAAGUAUCAUUGGUCUGCUACUGCAUGUUGAUGUCAGUCUCUUUCUAAAGAACCGUAGGCAUCUGUUCUGCUUAGUAUGAGUGAUGGAAGAUGACGUGGCAUGGACAUAUGAUUACGCAAUGUUGAGUUGGAUGAAGUGUGACAUGACUAAUAUUUACAGUACUUUGAAAACUUUAAUUUUCACAGUUUUAUUGUUAAUUACCAAAACUAAAAGGUCUUGAGGAGGGCAAGUGCAUUAGAAAUUAUAUUCUUAGCUUGGAAGGGAUGGAUGAUUCAUAUUCUUGACUAUCAAUAUAAUAAUCAAUUAAGCUGAGUGGAAUUUUAUCACAUGUGCAUGUAGAAAUGUCAAAAAUUUAUGAUAUACAGAUUUUGAAUGGAUAAUGAUUUAUGACCAGGUAUUUUAAGGGUUCUGUUUUUUUGGUGUAACCUGACAGUGGUAAUGUGGUUGUUGCUUAAUUUUGCCGUCAGUAAUCCUCAGGGAGAACCUACACUUGUGAGAUGUUAUAUUUAUUUAUUUUAUUUAUUUUUUUUUUAGGUAAUGAAAUGUAAGGACAAAAUAUUUUUAGUUUUUGCACUUGCUUGUGACUUUAUGGGUUAGAUUUUUUAAACAAUAUAAGUGAAACCUUUCCUUUUCUGUUUCAGAAACUUAUUACAAAGGAUGUAUUGGAGCAGUGUCUAUUACAGUCACACUAUGCUCAAAUGUGCAAUUAUUUUCUACACAAGCUGUGUGGACAGACUGCCAGCUGUCAAACCAAUGCAUGUGAUGACCAAGCUGCCACAUUAUGAGUAUUUGCAAUUGUGUAAUGUAUUGUAGUAAGGCAUGUUGCAAGUUUCCAUUGUUUGCAUGUCUAUUCUAAGAGAAAACAGUCCAAAUUCAAAGUUCGAGUCAGUUCAUAAUAUAAGUAAUGAUAAUUCUGCCACAUUGAUCAAAAUAAGUGCAGAAAAGGAAGAUUUUACACAAUUAAAAUGCAAAAAUACAUUCCUCUUUUAAUUACAAUAAUGUGAAGGCAAACAUUUCUCAAAAAAUUAACUUCAGUUCUCUAAAAAUUAACUUCAGUGAGAUCAGUUUUGUUUGAGCUUAAAAAAAAAAAAAAAAAAAAAAAAGCCCUUUGAACAUUGUGGUGUACAUUAGGUCUGUAGGGUAAGAGGAAAGACUAAGAGCCUUUCAUCUCUCAUAUUGCAAUUUUUUAUGAAGCUACAGCCAUGUGUCACACCAGUCACUGCAUUGUGGAGGUUAGCAAAGAGUUAUCACUGUACUGUACUAUUGUGUAAUUUUGAUUAGUGUAGGACAACUUCUUUGUGCCUUUAUUUAAAAGAAAACGUGGUUGGUAGUAUGCAGAACAGACAUUCCCAAAAGGGCUUCCUUGGUACAAGAGACUCAAACAAAACAGUCUUUACAGAUUGCAUAUUAAUUAUUAGUUUUGUACUGUAACUCUGUAGCAUCAAUGUGUAUAACAUAUAUAUGACUAUGUGCGUCGUUUGAUAGAUAUGUAAUGAUUACUUAAAGCUUUUUAUAUCAGUACUUAAUGUUUUAAAACUGCUCUACUCUAGUCACAAUUGAACAAUUGUAAGAACACUUCAGCUCUUCUGUUGGAAUCUUUGUAAGAACACUUCAGCUCUUCUGUUGGAAUCUUUAAUAUUUCUACAAAUGACUUCUUUAUUACUUAUUCUUGUAAUCUUCAGUAUUUCUUUGGUUAUAGUUCACAAUUCAUGUUUCUAUAAACAGUAUGAUCACCAUUGCAAUACAUUUCAAAUUCAUAUUUCAAUGCUUUUCACAUAAUUGAUAGAAAGUUUCAUGUCUUAAGACAUCUUCACAUUUAGCAAGUGAUAUGUUCUGUCUAUAAACAAUACCCAACAUAGCUAACUGUCACAUUUCAUUUGCUACCAAGCUGACUUCUGCAUUUGGGGGGUGCAGGUGAGACAAUACUUGCAUGUGACACACACACACACACACACACACACACACACACACACACACACACACACACACACACACACACACACCAGACAUUUCAUCUUGGCCAUGUGUAUAUCAGCCUUUACAGUGCACAAUUUUGGCAUGUAUUUAAGAAGCAUUAGUUCCUACAGAUUGUUUAUUAUCAGUUAUGGAGUUGUCUAUGAAUAUGAUCUUCAGAGUGGUUUUGUGAUGCCAAUUGGGGACAAAAAUGGUGAUUAUAAUGUAACUAUAAGAGAAUUAAUUAAUGUUGUAAUUGCUAAAAUAAUUGAAAGAGCAGAGGUCUCAAGAAUAAGAAAACCAUUUCAAGUUUCAUUCCAUGUUUAUAUUUGUUAAAGCAAAAAUAAAUUGCUUGAUGUAUAUUUGUACUCUAGUUUUCACAAACUGGGAUGGACUAAUACUAAUAAUUAGUCUUCCACACAAGCACAGCUGGGGAUCAGAGACAAAAAUUGACUUUUUAUAAUCACAAACUUCUUGAAAUUUGCAGUUUUGUUUAUAUCAAUACAAAGCAUUUGAAUAUGAAGUUAUAAUAAUGGUAAUAUAUAUAUAUAUAUAUAUAUAUAUAUAUAUAUAUAUAUAUAUAUAUAUAUAUAUAUAUAUAUAUAUAUAUAUAUAGCUGUGGUUUACCUGUGCUGAAGUACCUCCUCAUAUGCAAAGUUGCGUAUUUGCAUUCAGUUUAUCACCAAUGCAAAUCUGCAAAUGUAAUCACACUCCCAUGAUUGCACAACUUUGGCUUGUGGAGGCAGCCAGCUGUGCAUGUUAGAUCCAAGGUCUUGGCUUUGAGCUUAUUGUGAAAUGAGUGACAUGUGACAGCAGAUCAUUUUUGAAACACCAUGUUGAUUUGUGUCUGUUGCUCUCUUCUUGAUCACACAAUAAUGGUACUGAUGAAAAUUAACUACUUAAAUAAUAUGGACAAUGGAAAAUUAAUUCAAGUACUUUAAUUGUUUAGUAUGUAAAGAGGAAUACAAAUUAGAAAAGAGAAGGUUUUCAGGCCAUUUACAAUAUCAUUGAAGUGCUGUAAUCCAUAAUUAUAGUAUUAAGUUUUGAUAGAUUACAUAUUUGGGACACUGGUUGUCUUAAAGUUAAUAUUUAACACCUUUGCCAAUGUACUUAGGAGUCUCAUAACAUUUUACCUUUGUGAAACAGUUGAGAAUCUCAUAGCUUUACACAUGUGUAAAUUUAAAGAAUUUCAUGCUUAGUAUUCACUGGCACUGAGAACAAGUGCUGCAUUACAAGGCUUUUGGUUGCAGAUAUUGUUGAGAUAUGGUUGAGAUAUUUUCAGAUUUGUUUCUCAUCUGUUGUUUAGGCAAUUUUUUUUGUAAAUUAAGUUCCCAGGAAGAUACCAAAAUACUGGUCAUGUAGUAUAGCAGCAUUACCCUGUGUGGUAGACAGCAGUGAUUCUGCAAGGCAUGUUACUUUACGUGUAUUUUAAUGAAAAGUUGUGUAUUGUAAUUUAGUGAUCUUGUAGAUCCUCCUCCUUUAUUAGUUGGAUUGAGUUAAGGCACAUGCACAGAGGAAUCCUUUUUGCUUGUUAGUCAGAGGCCUUAUACAUAUGUAGGUCACUUGAGUAGCAUGUUUAUUUAAAGAAUACUUGGGCUAAGUUUUGCCUCUUCACAGGAAAAGAAAUCUACUUGUUUGAAGCAUGGGUAGGCAACUUUAAGUUCAUGCUGGUGUAGGCAUGCGUGACACUUCUUCGGAGCCUGUAUCAUUCCUGGGUACUCAAUUGGUCUCUGUCAAAAGUAGAACAGCUGCCUUGUAGAAUGUUUAUCAUGGCCAUUCUUUUAGAGAGUUAUAAGGAAGAAUAAUCACUUGUAUUUAGAUAUAUUAUGAGCAAAUUACCUUGGUAACAUGUGUGAUCUUAAUCUGUUUGGCAAGAUGUUGAAUGCUGAUGUCAUUGAUGGGACAGGAAUGUAGGACCCUUGUGCCACAAUUUAACAGGAUGGAGAAUAUUGCCAAUUUAUAGUAUUAACCAAGCUUUUCUAUUAGUAUGAAGCUAGACAAAGACCAAUCUCUCAGUUAAUAUAGUUAUAGCACCUCUAAAGUGCAGGAUGGUAGCUGGAAAUGCAAUCUCUGGGCUACCUAAGUACUUCCAAGAAGGAUGAAGUUUACUCCAUUGUUAACUAGCAUCAAGGAUUCCUUUAUGAGCACCAUCCAAAGCCUUCACAAUCAUUAAAAUGAGUGGAGAAAUGUUUGACAAAAUCACUGGUUAUUAGACAGCACCAUGGAUACUGAGAUAAGACAUGAUGCUCUUUAUUUUUCACAAGAUGUUUAAACAUUACUUAGUGAUAGAAACUAGUGCAGUGCUGUUUCAAGCAUGAUACAUUUGUACUCUUUAUUUGGGGAAGGCAGUGGGCAUACAUAGGUCAUGGUUAAUUUACUCACAUUUGUUCACAAAACCUAAUAUAUACUUGUUUCAUUUUUAGUUGAAUUAAAAAUUGUAUAAAAAAAUACUGAGAUCUUAACAGUAUUUUUAAAUCUUUGGGAAUCAGUAAGCACACAAAAUAUUAAUAUCAUUUGGUAAGAUGUUAUUUAGUAGUACUGAAUGAAACUGACAAUAUGCAUGUUAAAUUAAAUGUGUCCAGAACUAG